CCCUGGCCUUUGGGCUUCCAGAGGGCCGGCCCUUGAAGACGGGGGUCCAUAUUCCGUCCCCCUCCAAGAAAGGGGGAGAGGCGGUUUCCCCCAACCUGCCCCCCUCCCCGGCCGCCCCCGACGCUGGAGUGCAAAACAAGGGGAAGUAAUAAGCAGGGAAGCGAUGCAGGUGCGGUGGAAGGCGAGCGAGGAAUCCGGAGCCCCCGCGGCAUUGUAACCGCAAGGUCCUUGCGCUGCAUUUGGCCAGUGGCUCUCUCUGUCACCUAGGAUGAGUAACUGCAGCAGUCGCGCUCUGACCCUGCUGUCUAGUGUUUUUGGAGCGUGCGGGCUGCUCCUGGUGGGCAUUGCUGUCAGUACCGACUAUUGGCUGUUCAUGGAGGAAGGGAUUGUAUUUCCACAAAACCAGACCACGGAAAUAGUCAUGGCGCUCCACGCUGGCCUCUGGCGGGUUUGUUUCUUUGCAGGUCAGAAAAAAGGCAGCUGCGUGGCUUCUGAAUACUUCCUGGAGCCUAGGCCUGACCCUGACCCCGAAGGCCCCCUUGUUACGGAGAACACAGAAAAUAUCCUCAAAACCAUUCGCACAGCCACCCCCUUCCCCAUGGUCAGCCUUUUUCUCGUCUUCACGGCCUUUGUCAUUAGCAAUAUUGGACAUAUCCGCCCUCAGAGAACCAUCCUGGCUUUCGUUUCGGGCAUCUUCUUCAUCCUCUCUGGGCUGUCCCUGGUGGUGGGCUUGGUCCUGUACAUCUCCAGCAUCAAUGAUGAAGUGAUGAACCGUCCCAGUGGCUCAGAGCAGUAUUUCCAGUAUCGCUAUGGAUGGUCCUUCGCAUUUGCCGCCUCUUCUUUCUUGCUCAAAGAGGGUGCAGGUGUGAUGUCUGUCUACCUCUUCACCAAACGCUACGCCGAAGAGGAAAUGUAUCGCCCUCACCCAGCCUUCUACCGUCCACGCCUGAGCGACUGUUCUGACUACUCAGGCCAGUUCUUGCACCCUGAAGUGUGGCAUCGUGGACGCAGCCCCUCUGACAUCUCCAGUGAUGUUUCCAUCCAGAUGACUCAGAACUACCCACCAGCCAUCAAGUAUCCUGAACAUAUGCACAUAUCAACAUCACCUUGCUAGACGUGCCAUGGAACAUGGUGGACAAGGAGCCUGGCCUUUGCUUGCAGACUACAUUGUCCAACCCCACCCCAAAGCCCCCUGUGAGGCUGCCCUACUAAUGGGGACCUCUCUCCUUCUUUGAAGACCUUCUACCACCUGCUCUGCUAUAAAUGCCAUCUCUCUCUCUUUUUCCCUUUCUCCUUCUUUCUCCUUCUCCAGCUAGUGGGAACCUUCCAAGCAACCUUUGGGAUUGCUGAUGCUCAUGUUUGAAAACUGUUCUCAUUUUUGGCCUCUUCCAGGAAGCUCCACCAUCCAACUGAAAAUUCCUCCUCAGCCUUUCCUAUCCUCCUCAUUCUCCACAGCCCAGUGGAAGAUGCAGCGCGAAGGAAUGUGUUUUCUAGUUCGGUGAUGCUGCCCCAAAUUAUUUCUCCUUUCAUUCAGAUAGCUGGAAUCGCUAGCAAGAAACAGCCCACCAAGCAUGCUUCUCUCAACUUUCUCCCCAACGAUUUGACAGAAAUGAGGUUGCAAAACCAUCUCUGCUUUUCAGAUUUUGAGAGGAAGAAUAACCAACACCUAUUUUUUAAAUUGGUUCCUGAUAGGAGAGGUUCAGUGGCUGCAUCUUAUCAAACAGCCUUCAUGAGACAUAAAUGGUUUACUGUUGCUGGCGUUGUUUCUAGUUUUCUGACAGCAAAUGACCUCCUUAUUUUAUUUUCCUCCAUGCCUAAAAGGCCCUAUUUCUCCAGCUUUAUCCACCUGAAAACAAUCAUCUUUCCAUGCCUUUGUAGGAAACAACAGGUAAUACAUAUUGGAACACCAUAUUGGUUUGUUUUGACUAAAAAUGGCCUGGUCCAAUGAACUAUCUAGCUCUCUAUUUUCUUUCCAUUAUUCUGGAAUGCAGCAUCGCUCUGAGAGUGUUGCAAGGCUGAUCUAACUCUGAAAAAAAAAUAGUUUCCCUCAGUUUUUCCCCAUCCCUUUUUCAACCACACAUGAACUCUGGCAAGAAGCUAACCCCUUGUAAUGUUUCUGUAUCCUAAAUCCAGUUCUUGCUCCCUCAUUCGUAUCUUCUAGAUCCUGACAACCAGUGACUAGGCCACUAUUUUAUACAUUCACAACUGACCCAUUUUGGCAAGUUUUUGAUAUUGCUUCAGACACUGUUUUUGAAACCUUUGAAAUAGUGCACCAUCACAGCAGGCUAAAAUAUGGGUCCCUUCCUACCGGGGUUAUUUUUCCCGCAGUCUCUCUCCUGUUGUUGAAGAAAAUGGCCUGGUUCCUAAAACUACUCCACAGCUUCUCAUACCAUUUGCCUUCUUGCUGACUCAGCUUCCUGGCUUUUUCUCCAUAUUUAUUUUCUUCAGUAUUUUGAAGAACUACAGGUGGUUCUUCAAGAGAUGUGUUUGAAGAGACAUUUUUGUGCCCCUACAAAUAAGAACAACUAACACAUAAUUAUAGAGGGGUGAGGAAAUAACAGUGUCUUCCAGCCAUCAAUGCCUCAAAUGCCACCAUUUGAUUCUCCAUCCAGAAGCGCCAUGGCCG